AUGGAGUUACGGAAACCUACUUUUCGAUUCGACCACGGAUGCAAGUAUUUCCAGGAGGCGGGCAGCAAUGACGAGGCUCUGCCAAUGUUCCGCUACAAGGAGGUGUAUGAUUCAUCUGUUUUUGCUGUCGAUACUUUCGGAGACGGCUCGUGGAUUGACACAAGCAUACCGAGCCAGUGCCCGCCAGCAUGCGCUUGCCAUCAAUUGGCCGUGUCGCCCGAGGAGGAAUCAUUUGCCUUUACCGUCACCAAGUCUAAAAGCAUUUUUCAAGUUCAAAUUCACUCCAUGAGACUCCGAUUCGAAAUCUUGGAGAAGUUUGUCUCCGUGAAGGCUCUGAAAGAAGCGCCAAUCGGGGACGGAUUUGGCGCUUUUGAUGGCUUUGCUCUGGUAAAGUGCCGGCCUCACUUGAUGCAAAGAUUGGACCGAUUGCGUCAGCGGUUGAAGUCGUCCAGUCAGAGCGCCAUUGAUACUCGCGAAUUACGUUUGGUGUCGGAGAUGUAUCUUCUUGUGAACGGGUUGUUGAACGAUACGGAGAUCACUCAGCCCUUCCAUUCUCGGGGACCAUCCAGGAACCUUCACCCACAGCAGUGUUAUGAUUCACAACAAUGGGGGCGCUUUUCGAAUGCCUACAUGGAUCUUCCAUCGCAAACCAACGUUCCACAUGAACAAUCGAUGUGGUUUGGACCACUGGAAUCCGAUGACACUUACGGAAGGCCUCAAUACACCCCGCAAGACGUUCACUCUUGCAGUGUCAAUUCUUAUGAGGAGUCUUACACGGUGCACAACGAACAGAGCUUUGGCUCAUUGAGUCUUUGGAAAGUUGGCGACCCUGAGAAUGGCAACGAUGACAAUCAUCCCGAUGAUCGCCAAGAUCACUCGCAGUCUAUGCUCAACAACCCGCCCGCCAUAGAGUCGCAGCCAUCACUCACCAACGUUAUCAAUAAUCCAAGAAGUGAGUCUCUGAGAAUUGCUGCAUCUCGUGGAGACAUGGAAGCAGUAUGCCAACUCUUGGACGCCGGUGCAGACCCGAAUAGCACACAGCUGUCACCAUCUUCUGGCCCGGCACUUUAUGAGGCAGCGCUUGCGGGGCACGAGUCUAUUGUCCGUAUCUUGAUCAAUCACGGCGCCUUAGUGGAAGGCAUAUCGAUUGGUAGCCGGACGUAUCACCCGCUGCUUGCAGCCAUCAGACGCCGAUCUUCCAAAAUCGUCAAACUACUCCUCAGUCAUCUCUCCAACGCCAAUCUCAACGAAGUAAACCUUCUUGACAUCUGCCCAUCACAGGAUAGAUGGGUCAUUGCCAGAAAUCUUCUCGAUUGUGGUUUUACUCCAGAAUCUCUGACAGAACAAGCCGUGGAGCUCUCAGAUCCAGAUGAACGCCUUAUUUCAGUUCUUCUCGACGCUCGCGCUGAUUCGAAGAUUCUAGAAAAUAUACUUUUCCAGCGAGGACACGAAAAGCUCGUAUGUGCUGCCAAAGAUCAGAUUUCACGUAAUAGGCGCCUGAUUAGCGCGGUACAGCGUGGAUGUCAGCGAGAAUAUGAGCAGGAGAUAGCAGCAGGGGCUAACCCAUCGUGGGCCCUUUCAACUUCGCUUCGCUCCUUGCAGCCUGAUUUAGCGGGUUAUCUGCUAAAGCAGGGAGCAGAUCCUCGAUUGCUGAGCUUCCGAGGGGAUCUGGCUGGUGAGGUAGGGAAGAUUAGGCUGUCAUACAUGCUGGCUCAAUCUACCCACUUCAACGAUAAACAACUUCUGGAUGUCCUUUUAGACCAAGGGGCCAAUGUCAACGGCCUCAAUUUUGAGAAUGGAAAGUCGAUUCUCGUGGAAGCCAUCGAAGCAGAGAGUUAUGCUUGUGUUCAGCACCUACUUGAUCGCGGAGCUCUUGUGAAUAAGCAGGACUGGUGGGGGACCAUCCCGCUGAGAGCCGCACUGCAAACUGGCAAAAGUGAAAUCGUUGUUGAAUUGCUCCAGCACGGUGCUUCCUUUGAUAAGAACUCGGACGAAUCAACGAUCUCUUCAGAUUGCACUGACCAAGGAGACCCAGCCUAUGACGGGCUUUACACACAUAUAGCGCUUCAGAGCCGAUACCCUAAAAGAUCUCUCUGGAGACACCCCUCCCCUAGAGAGCCUCAUAUCAGAAGGACCGAACUGUACAAAGGAGAUCCCGAGAGCCCAGAAGUGCUUGUUGCCAGGUCCAACCUUAGAAACUCAGUUCUGUCUUUAAACACAGGGUUCAGAACUCCGGAAGAGGCUUUAUUCGACGCAACUUGCAAGGGUCAAGUCGCAUUGGUUCAAAAUAUGCUCGAGUGUGCCGCUGAUGGAAAUGGAUGUCGCAACGCGAUUCCGAGUCGAGUUCUUAGCCUAGACGAUUCUUUUGGUGGGAGAACGUGCCUGAUGCAGGCUGUGGAAAGUGGUCACCUCAAAAUUGCGAAGGCUCUCCUACAGUAUGGGGCUGAUGUCAACAUAAUGUCGUCCCACGAGACUGCUCUGAGUAUUGCGGCAAAGUCUGGCAUCGAAUCUUUCACUCGGCUUCUACUUCAGCAUGGAGCGGACUUGCUUAUAGCUGCGUUGAUGCUCAAGAUAGACCUUGAGUGGACAGCUAGACCAAGAGCUAUCAAAUGGCUAGAUAUCAUGGCAAAGCGCUUCCAAGAAGAUAUUCUAUUCCAACAAUUGGAUACCAAGAGGGAGAUUGCUUUGCUGCACGCUGAGUUUCUCCGGGAGCAUGAGCACAUGAGGCGCACGGCCUCAUUCUCUGGCGAUACAGACAUGUCGCGGUGUGCGGAUAUGUCAGAGGAUGGAAAAGCUCUUGACUGUACAAUUAGACUCGAAAUCUCGAAGCGAUGGGCAUACAGUCUUGAGCUCAACUCCCGGAAAGCUUGGGCUAUUGGGAGAGUAACCUUGAAGCGCCUGUGCAGGAGAAUGUUACCGCAAGAUCUCAACCAAACAUUGCUGUUUCUGGCCCUCGCCAAGUCCAUGUCGCGUGUCCUUCGCAGUGAAGGCCAAGAUGAUUGUGGGGAAGAGUUUGAUCAAGACGUUGAGCGAUGGCAAAUAUUGUUCAAAACAACGGAUCAGUUGGCUUUUCAACAGGCAGUCGAGUCCAUCUGGGGCAUCAAUCUAGCCGGAUCCCAUCCGGACUUACUCAUUCCCAGUGAACAGGACCUCGACCCCUUCCAGGCAAUGGCUCUGCACGUCUUGCAGCAGACCGAACGCUUCCACAUAGGCAGCGAAUCCGGCGACGUAGGAUUGAUGUCUGUCCGAGCUAGUUGGAAGCUGAGGCAAGGCGAAAAUCUUCAGCCAUCAGACGGAACCCAGACAAAUUCAGGCUCGUCUCCGGAUCCAGGAAACAAAGAGAGCACAUCUGAAAUAAAAUGUCAUGAAACUAAUGACCAUGUUUCCGACGGUUCUGAAGACCAUGCUGUUCCGAAAGAAACGCCAAAUCACUGUCUCUUAGACCACAAGGAUAUGGUGCUUGCAAUUCUCAUGGCCGGCACAAUAUUUACGAUUGUGAUUGGUUUCUUCUUAGCCGUAGGCCACUCGCUUUUUGACACGAGUCGUCCCAGAGGGGAUACCCCUGGCAAUAUCUUGCUAACAGUCCGGCAAGAAUCGCUCAAGAUCAUUGCAGCCUCUGUUCUGGUCGAGACACUCCCUCACAAGGAGUCCAGUGACCGAGAAUGGGAAGGAGAAGUGUUGCCCGCUGUCCGUAAACAGACCAAUGAGGCGAUUGAAACCGGGCAAAUCAAUAGUAGCGCUAAACUGGCCGAAUUCUUCGUCAAAGAAAUCGAGCACAGAUUCACGGGCUUAGGGAAGGCUUUGGCCGCUUCAUGCCAUCGGAAACGAUACUUCAACGUCAUGCAGAACGCUUACUCCAUGUUGCAAGCUUUCCUAGGCUUACCGAUCACAGCCAUAAGCCCCAGCUCGCUCAAACAGCCUACUGAUGAGUCUACGGAUGCGAAGUCGAGACGUAAGAGGGCGGUAUCUGAAUGUAGCGAGACAGAGCGCUCUCCCAAGGCUGCCAGAAUGUCGCCCAGCACGCUAAAUUUGCCCAAUUUCACCCCAUCAAGUGACGACAAUAGCUCAACAGUAUUGAGCAGCAAGUCAGCUUCUGCGAACAUUCACGGAAAAGUGACGUUUUGUGUUGAAUGUAAUCGCGACUUCAAGACGACUUCGAAUUACGGAAAGCACCGGAAAGGUCCGCUCCAUGACAACAAGCGUUACCCAUGCGCGUAUGACUGUGGGAGGCACUUUUUGAGAAACGAUAUCAGGUUGAGGCACGAGAAGAAGGCCCACCAGGGGAUCAUGGCUACCAAGCCGCAACUUCCUGCUUCAUUUUCUUCAUAG